AUGGGAGGAAUUGGCAAAACAACACUUGCUCGCCAAGUGUUCAAUGACGAGGCAGUGAAAGAUUUUGACCCAAAAGUAUGGGUUUCUGUUUCUGAUCAUGACCAUUUUGAUGUUCAAAAGAUCAGCAAGAUCAUUUUGGCGGAGAUAACUUCCGAGUCUUCCGAUGUGGAGACUCUUAACCAACUACAAGUUAAACUGAGAUCUCUACUAGCUGGCAAAAAAUUCUUGCUUGUACUGGAUGAUGUCUGGAAUGAAGAUUAUGAUAAGUGGGAAAACCUAAAAGCUCCCUUCAUGGCAGGAGCACCAGGGAGUAGGAUAAUUGUUACAACACGCAACCUCAAAGUUGUGUCAACAAUGACUGGAUCCUUUGAAAGUCAUAAUGUGAAGCUCUUAUCAGAAGAGGAGUGUUGGUCCCUGUUCGCCAAACUUGCAUUCGAGAAUAAAGAUAUUGCCAAAUUUACAAAUUUGGAAUAUAUUCGUCAAAAAGUUGCCUCGAAGUGCAAUGGCUUACCCUUGGCUGCUAGGACUCUUGGUGGCCUUCUACGUUCUGAGCCAAGAGAAAGUAAGUGGGAAAAUAUUUUAGACAGUAACAUAUGGGAAGAUGCAUUGUACUCAAGUAAGCAGAGUGAGAUUCCUGCGGCGUUAAAACUAAGCUACCACUAUCUUCCUUCCCAUCUAAAAAGAUGUUUUGCAUAUUGUGCAAUCUUUCCAAAGAAUCAUGAAUUCGAAGAGGAGGAGCUUGUCCUUUUGUGGAUGGCAGAAGGUCUAAUUCAAAAGUUAGAAGACAAUAUGGAAUUGGAAGAUGUAGGUGGUGAAUAUUUUCAAGAUCUGCUAUCAAGAUCACUUUUUCAGAAAUCAAGCAACACGGACAGUUCUACUUAUGUAAUGCAUGAUCUUGUUAAUGAUCUGGCAAAAUGGGCUUCUGGAGAUACAAGUUUUAGAUUGGAGGAUGAAUUGAGGAUCAACAACCAAGAAGUAUUAAAAAAGAUUCGCUACUUGUCUUCCGUGCCUGGUGGCCCUCGUCGGUAUAAUGUGGGAACUAAAUUUGAAGCACUCCAUGCAGCUGUGAACUUGAGGACUAUCUUUGAACUCCAUGGUGCAUCUCGUAUACACUUUCUAGAACUUUUGCCAAAAUUCAAAAAAUUGAGGGUGUUGUCUCUAUUGAAUGUUAAUGAAGUUAAUUUACCAGAUACAAUUGGAGAUUUGAAACAUUUGAGGUACCUCAAGCUUUCAGACUCUAUGAUUACACGCCUACCUAAGUCAAUAAAUUCAUUAAUCAACUUAGAGGUUUUGGUUUUGCAGCUACCAGCUUGUGGAUUUUUCAAAAGAUUACCUCCUAUGGGAAAUUUGAUCAAUCUACGCCAUCUUAAUAUCCCAAGAGGAAUUUUAAAAAAGAUGCCAUUGGGAAUGGAAAAUUGGAAGAAUCUUCGAACAUUAUCUGAAUUUGUCGUGGCCAAAGAUAGUGGAUCUGGUUUGGAGGUUUUAAAUAACUUCAAGUUUCUUCGUGGAAAGCUUCAUAUUUCGGAAUUAAAAAAUGCAACCUCAUUUUCGCCAGAAGCAAUAUUAUGUGAUAAGGAGAAGUUAGACGAGUUAUGGCUAGAAUGGUAUUGUGAUCUUAGGCGAUAUUGUGGCAAUGGUGAUGAAGACUGUCAAAGUGAGGAAGUACAGAAAAAUGUACUUGAUAAAUUAAGACCUCACAAAAAUCUAAAAAAGCUCCGCAUCAGUGGAUAUGGUGGCACACAGUUUCCAGAUUGGCUUGGAAAUUUAUCAUUGUCUUUAACUUCCUUGGAGACGCUUGAGAUUGAUGACUGUGACAAAUUGCAACGUCUGUUUUAUGAUAGAGAAGUGGGCACUUCAUCUUCCUCUUCUUCACGGAUGGACACUCAGCACUUUAAUCUGAAGAUCACCAAUUGCCCAUCUCUCAUGAGUUUAUCAUCAACAGGUCAGUUACCUAAGACGCUUGAGCACCUUGGAAGUUUAGAAAUUUACGAUUGUGAUUCUUUGACAUGCAUUGUGAGAGGUCAGCUUCCUUCAUCUCUGAGAAAGCUAUCGGUAGAUAGUUGUUACAAAUUGAAGUGUUUGUUGGAUGAUACAGAAGAUGUUGGCACUUCUUCUCUAUCUUCUUCUUCAGUGAUGCACAGAGAGAUCAUUGACAACACAAGAAUAUCUCAGCUAGAAGACUUGGACAUCAGGAGUUGCUCAUCUCUCGCUUGUUUAUCAUCGAAAGGUCUGUCGCUUACUAAACUUAAGCACCUCAAAAUUGAAAGUUGCCCAAAUCUCCCCAUCUUAUUGUUAGAAGACCAACCAACUGAAGCACCUGAAUACCCCAUUGUUCCUUCCUGUGAAAAAUUAGAGCUAAUAGCAAAGAGGUUCCAUAAAAACAUGGCUCUCCAAGAUAUUUGUAUGAGCUAUUGUUAUAAUCUUAGAUCAUUACCAGAGGGUUUACACAAUCUUAAUUGUCUUCGUAAGAUUCUCAUAAGUAACUGUCAUAGUCUUUUGUCCUUCCCUGAUGAAAGGCUUCCUAGCACAAUACGAGAAGUCUGUAUAACAGAGUGUCAGAAUCUUAAAGCUCUCCCCAAUGGCAUCCACACCCUCAACUCUCUUCAAGAAUUGUACAUAUCCGGUUGUCCAAGAAUAACAUUUCCAGAAGAAGGUCUCCCCACCAGCCUCACAUCACUUACAGUUGCAGGUCCGAAUAUCUGUAAGCCACUGAUGGAGUGGGGAUUGCAGAAGCUCACCUCACUUAAAUACCUCGGGAUUGGCUGGGGAUUGAACAAGCCCUUUCUUACCUCUCACUCGACUAAUGAAGGCUCAGAUGCAGAAUCUUUUCCUGGAGAAUGGAUGUUCCCGCCCUCUUUAACAAAGCUGUUCAUUUUUGAAUUCCCAAAGUUAAAAUACCUAUCUUCCCAAGCUUUUCAAAAUCUCACCUCUCUUCAACAUUUAGAGAUCUCUGGUUGCCCAUAUCUGACAUCCUUUCCAGAGGAGGGCCUCCCAUCCUCACUUUUGAAAUUAAUGAUUUUUUACUGUGAUCGGUUAAAAAAGAGUGUAAGAAGGAAGAAGGACAAAGAGUGGUCGAAGAUUGCCCAUAUCCCUGAAAUCCGUAUUUCGUAAACAUGUAGAAAAGGGAGGAAGAACAAGCUCUAUGAAGUCUCAUAAUCCAAAGAAUUAGCUCUUGAGGUAUCUGAAGUUGAACACCUAAAUCCUGUUUACUUUUACAAUUAACAGCUAGGUAUUUAUUGUGUUCCUCAUGCAGAAUCAUCUGAACUCCCAACUCCAAUCAAUCACCAUGGAACAAAAUAAGAGGAAGAAAACUUCCACAUAUCAUUGUCGAUGCAGUACUACUACCGAUUGAAACAGUCGAGGCAAAACAGAACAUCUAUGGCAUGUGACUUCGAGUUGUUGAAGAUUUGUCCAAGAGUCAAGUUUGUGGGCGAAAACCAAGACUCAUAUGAGUAACUGCUAAUACGAGAGAGCUAAUAAUACUGAAUUGUACAAUUUCUGAGGAAGGUUUUUCAUGUGUGUUUGUGUGCCACCUUGGUUGGAAGAUGAUGGGGAUUGUUGAGAUGGAAUUGAAUUGUGGUUUCUACCCAAACUGUCAGAGAGGGAAGU